CUCUUCACAUCACUCAGCCGGUGGACUCAGAAGGAAAACUGUAUAAGUGUGAAAAAUGUGGUAAGAGUUUCAAGGGAAGUUCUGGACUUAAGGAACAUCAGAGAAUGCACACUGAGGAGCGUCCCCACAAAUGUCAUGAAUGUGGAAAGAGCUUCAUGUGGCAUUCCAGUCUCAGAGUACAUAAACGAAUUCAUACAGGAGAGAAACCCUUUCCCUGUGAAGAAUGUGGGAAGAGGUUCACCAAACGAUCAAGCCUUGUAGAACAUCAACGAAUUCACUCAGGGGAAAAACCUUAUACAUGCAAAGUAUGUAGAAAAAGUUUCACUUUUUCCUCAACUUUCAAAGCACAUCAGCACUGUCAUACAGGGGAGAAGCCCUAUGAGUGUAAAGUAUGUGGAAAAAAGUUCAGCUCCUGUUCACACCUCACCGUACAUAAACGAAUUCACUCAGGGGAAAAACCUUAUACAUGCAAAGAAUGUGGGAAGAGUUUCAGUGAUCCGUCAGCUUUCAAAGUACAUCAGCGCCGUCAUUCAGGGGAGAAACCCUAUCAGUGUGAAGAAUGUGGGAAAAGCUUCUACCGGAGCCGAGAUCUUAGAGUACAUCAGAGAAUUCAUACAGGAGAGAAACCCUAUAAAUGCGAAGAAUGUGGGAAAAUGUUCUCCCAACACUCUAACCUCAGAGUACACCAAAGAAGUCACUCCGGAGAAAAACCGUAUGCAUGCGAUCAAUGUGGGAAACGUUUCACGCGUCUCUGCAAUUUAACCAUACAUCAGCGCUCACAUUCAGGGGAGAAACCCUAACAUUGUGAAGAAUGUGGGAUAAACUUCACAGCUGAGUCACCCUUCACAGAACAUCAA